CUGCCUCUGGGCUUUCUUUCUGUUCCAGAGACCCGGUACCACAAUAUUUAAAUCACUGUGGCGUUAAACACGUUUUAAUAUCUGAUAGGGCCAGUUUCUGCGCAUUGCACAUUUUUUUUUUUUUCCUUUCAGGAACGUGUUCGGGCCCGCGGCAGGGGGCGGGGUCGCACCUCCUCCGCGGCUCUGGUUCCAGCAGAGCCUCUCAGACGCGGAGAUGGAAAUCCCGAGGCUGCUCCCGGCUCGCGGGAUGCGACAGGGCGGCGGCGCUGGCAGCCCCGCGGGCGGCGGCCGAAUCCACGGAGGCCCUGACCCGCGGGCUGGCCAGGCCCCCGCGCGCCGCCUCCUGCUGCUCCGGGGCCCCCAAGAUGGCGGGCCCGGGCGGCGGCGCGAGGAGGCCCGCGCGGCCUCACGGGGCCCGGGCUCAGGCCCGAGCCCUUUGGCGCCGAGGCCAGAUCAGGCCGGCGGCGCCGGCGGCGGCGGCGUCGGCGGCGGCGGCGACUUCUUCCUGGUGCUGCUGGACCCGGUGGGUGGCGACGUGGAGACCCCGGGCGCGGGCCAGGCCGCAGGGCCCGUCUGGAGGGAGGAAGCCGAACCCGGCCCAGGGCUCCAGGGGGGCGAGAGCGGCGCGAACCCCGCGGGCCGCCCUGCGCCAGGGCCCCGCUGUCUGUCCGCGCUCCCCGCCCCGGCCCCGUCCCCGAUCCCCGCCCCAGGCCUGGGCCCCGCCGCGGCCUUCGCGGGCACCGUGACCAUCCACAACCAGAACCUGCUGCUGCGCUUCGAGAACGGCGUCCUGACCCUGGCCACGCCCCCGCCGCCAGCCUGGGAGCCCGGGGUCGCGCCUGCCCCGCAGCCCGGCGGUCUGGUCGCCCCGCAAGCUGGGGUCCCACACGCCGCGCAGCCUGGCGACUGCCCGGAGCUGCCGCCGGACCUCCUGCUGGCCGAGCCCGCGGAACCCGCGCCCGCCCCUGCGCCGGAGGAGGAGGCGGAGGGCCCGGCCGCGGCCGAGAGCCCCCGCGGGCCACUGGGCCCGGGCCCGGGCGUGGUGCUGUACCUGUGUCCGGAGGCGCAGUGCGGACAGACCUUCGCCAAGAAGCACCAGCUGAAGGUGCACCUGCUGACGCAUAGCAGCAGCCAGGGCCAGAGGCCCUUCAAGUGCCCCCUGGGCGGCUGCGGCUGGACAUUCACCACCUCCUACAAGCUCAAGAGGCACCUUCAGUCGCACGACAAACUGCGGCCCUUCGGCUGCCCGGCGGAGGGCUGCGGUAAGAGCUUCACCACCGUGUACAACCUCAAGGCGCACAUGAAGGGCCACGAGCAGGAGAACUCGUUCAAGUGUGAGGUGUGCGAAGACAGCUUCCCCACGCAGGCCAAGCUCAGCGCCCACCAGCGCAGCCACUUUGAGCCCGAGAGGCCCUACCAGUGCGCUUUUUCCGGCUGCAAGAAGACGUUCAUCACGGUGAGUGCUCUGUUUUCCCAUAACCGCGCCCACUUCAGGGAGCAGGAACUCUUUUCCUGCUCCUUUCCUGGCUGCAGCAAACAGUACGACAAGGCUUGUCGGCUGAAAAUCCACCUGCGGAGCCACACCGGCGAGAGACCUUUCCUUUGUGACUUUGACGGCUGUGGCUGGAACUUCACCAGCAUGUCCAAACUGUUAAGGCACAAAAGGAAGCACGACGACGACCGGAGGUUCAUGUGCCCUGUGGAAGGCUGUGGGAAAUCUUUCACGAGGGCCGAGCAUCUGAAAGGCCACAGCAUAACCCACCUGGGCACGAAGCCUUUUGUGUGCCCUGUGGAAGGCUGCUGUGCCAGGUUCUCCGCCCGCAGCAGUCUCUACAUUCACUCUAAGAAACACUUGCAGGAUGUAGACACCUGGAAGAGCCGUUGCCCAGUGUCCACCUGUAAUAAACUCUUCACAUCGAAGCACAGCAUGAAGACCCACAUGGCCAAAAGGCACAACCUCGGCCAGGAUCUCUUGGCUCAGCUAGAAGCUGCAAAUUCUCUCACGCCCAGCAGUGAACUGACCAGCCAGGGACAGAGUGAUCUCAGUGAUGCAGAGCUGGUGUCUCUCUUCUCUGAUGUGCCUGGCAGUAGUUCUGCUGCAGUGCUGGACACGGCAUUGGUGAACUCGGGAAUCUUGACUAUCGAUGUGGCUUCUGUGAGCUCCACUCUGGCUGGGAGCCUCCCUGCUAGCAACAGUAAUUCCUUAGGGCAGGCUGUGGACCCGCGGGCCUUGAUGGCCACCACUGACCUCCCUCAAAGCCUGGAUACCUCUCUCUUUUUUGGAACGACAGCCACCGGGUUUCAGCAGAGCCCCUUAGAUAUGGAUGAUGUCACCAGCGUGAGUGCGGGGCCAUUGGGAUCUCUGGGCUCUCUGGCUAUGAAAAACUCCAGUCAGGAGCCCCAGGCUUUGACCCCCAGCAGUAAGCUGACUGUGGACACAGAUGCUCUGACUCCUUCAAGCACCCUUUGUGAAAACAGUGUCUCAGAACUACUGACGCCGACCAAAGCAGAAUGGAACGUACAUCCUGAUGCUGACUUCUUUGGGCAGGAGGAAGAAACCCAGUUUGGAUUCUCCAACCCAGUGGGAAACCAUGGUUGUCAGAAAGAAACAGAUCUGAUCACGGUGACUGGCAGCUCAUUUUUGGUUUGAAAAAGAACAGAGCCCCAGGCUACAAGUUCCGCGGUUUCCGUGCUGAUCUGGAGUCUGGAACUGACGAGUUGUGUGACCCUGAGCAAGUCACUUAACCUAUCUGAGCCUUAAUGUCCUUAUUUAUAAAAUGAGGUGGUUUGAAUAGAUUGUUUCUAAGGUUCUUUAUGCUGUGUGAUUCCUUGAUAACAUGCUUCUUUCCAUGAAAAAUAUGAUAUUUUUUAGUAACAGCAUUGCAUGUGCUUUUAAAAAAACAGUCAUAAAGGACACAUAAUUAUGUAAUGACCAGGUAUCUUCAACCAUUAUCAAUUCAUGAACAAUCUUGUUUAUCUGAUCUCCACUUUAACCCUUUUCCAAUAUUAUUUUGGAAUGAACACCAGACAUCACAUGAUUUUAUGAUUGAUUUCAACCAUAAACAAUUUAUAGUUUUAAAAGUUUUGGGCUCUUUUUGGGAAAAACUACAAUUCUAUUAUCAUACUUAAAGUUAACAAUAAUUUCUUAAUACUAAUAAAAAUUCAGUUAGGGUUCCAAUGUCCAGUUGUCUCAUAAAUGGUAAUUGUUUUAAUAUUUUAAUAAUUAGGCUAUUAAUUAGUCUUGUGUCUUUUUUAUUCUUUUUUAAAUUGAAGAAUUUUUGAGUUUUUUAUUUUUUCAAUUACUUUUGACAUACAAUGAUGUAUUUUAGGUGUACAACAUAGUUAUCAGCCAUUUGUAUAAUUUCAAAUGUGAUCAACUGAAUUAGAAGCGUCUUUUUAAUCUAUAUAUUUGCCCUUUGCUGACUUUUCUUGCAAUUUUAUUCAUUGAAGAAAACAGGUGGUUUCACAUGUAGCAUUUGCCAGAAUCUUAAGUUUUGUUGAUUACAUCCCUGUGGUGUUAAGUUCCUCUACUCUCUGUUUCUUUAUUUUUAUAGUUGGAUCUAGAGACUUGAUCAGAUUGCAAAUAGGACUUUUUGUGGAAGAAUGUUUCAUAGGUUGUCUUGUGUUCUUUUAUCAGGUGGGAUAUGUCUGGUAUUAUCUCAUGAUAUCUGUAACUGCUGCUAUUCAUUGCAUUAAUCCAUGAUUACCUGUGCUUCAUAUAUCGUGAAUUAUUCAUGUAGAGUUUCUAUUAGCAGAGAAAGAAACACUGUUUAAGGUAUUUAUAAAAAAAUUAAUAGAAAUUAUUCAGUCCCAAAACAUUUUCUUAAACAAUGAUAGAACUAACAAGAAAAAAAGCAAAAUAAAAUGUUCGCUGUUCUCACCAUUUAUCUUUCUGACCUCUUUUGAUAUGGGAGGCUUCCUCAUAGAAAUUGCCAGCCAGGACUUUGACAUGAGAUAGAUUCAGGAUCAAAUUUGUGAUGGAUAAAGAGGCCUUGCAUAAAUUAGCCUCACAAAACCUCAGCUUCUUAGCUGUCAAAUGGUCAUAGAAAUGCACACACAUGGCUAACAAACCUUAGAUUUUCCAGUUUUUAAAAUGUAAGGGAAAAUAUCUGCUUUGGCAUAUUUUGAUGUGCUUAUAUAAUCUUUCUACCCCCUUGUUCCUUCCUGCUUUAAGGGAGAAAUUGGGGUAAUUUAGACCUAUUCAUGUUCAAACAAUAAGGUUUAUGAGGGUUAAGAUGAAGCAGGAUAGGUAAUCUCUCUAUUCCCCCCACUGAAUAAUUUUCUCCCCAGGAAAGUCUUUGGGAAAAUGCUAGGAGACAUUCCACAUGCAUUUUUCGGCAUCUCUCUCCAUUAGAUAAAUAUGACACCAUCUUUGCUCUGCUUUCAAAGUCAGACUUCACUGUGACUGUGGAUCCUGCUUUUGCAUGAAUGAGAGCUCACUGUUUGCAUUUUCCUAGAUUUGGAAGGAAAGACUGAAUCUGAACAUUGUGUAAACUGUCGCCUUAUAAGUGUGGUAUUUUCAAUUUUGUGGAACAUCUUCACAACUGGUGAAGAUGAAGAAAUCUUAUUUUGUUUUUCAGAAUGACCCGUUGUUGUAGUUUUGGCAAAGUCUGUGCUUUGGGCUCAUGUGACAGUUUAGCAGACUCACAUUCCAAAUGGGCUUUGGACUGACAGUUCUAUAUAUAGCUUUAAAAAAGAAGAUAAAUUCUUUUACUUCUCCCUUCCCACCCAUCCAACUUUCAUGAUUCGUUCCUGUGUGUCAGAACUAGCUGCCGCUUUCCACUUUAAUUGGUUUAGUACCUUCUGCUUUCUUCCCACUCCACCCCUUUGCAUGUACAUUCCAGUUCUUGGCCAUGCCUUUCUUU